CUACUGUUUAUCUAUUGUUCAAAUACUACAGUCUUCAAUCAUCAAUGUCACCAUGCAGUAUAUAUAGAGGCGAUAAGAAAUUAACUGCCUCAGACCUUUCAAGAGAAUCACUCUCCGCUCCCUUGAACAGAAGCAGAGGCCAUGUUCUGGACAACUGCAACCCUACUGGUCAUCCUGGCUUUUGCCAGGGUCAGCACCUCUCCAAUGCCCGGAGAAAUGACCGAUACAGAUGUUAAUAUUCCUGCGGUGAAAGACGCUUUGAAUUCCGCAGUCGGUGAAUUCAACAAGCAGAGCAAUGAUGUGUACAUCUACAAAGUGGCGAAAGUGAUCAAGGCUACGAGUCAGGUUGUUUCGGGGACCAUGUACAGGUUUGAAGUGGAAAUGGUUAUAUCUGGCUACAAGUCAUCCCCACAGGAGAUGUGUGCCAAGGACAACUCAGAGCUCAAAAAGCCAAACACAUGCUAUUUUGAGGUCUGGAGUCAACCAUGGCUGGGCCCACCCAAGCUUAUGAAGAAUGUCUGCAAACAUUAGAUUUUCUUGAAGAAGCUUCCAUGUCCAGAAAGGUUUUGGAUUGCCGCAUGUAGUCAUAAUCAUUCAGUAUUUUAAUGAAAUGUAGUUUACAUUUAUUUUAACUUACCUACUGACCGCCUUUUUUAUACACUACCAAGUCCAUGUUCAAGUUUUAUUUGUCACAUACAAGUAUAAUGAGUAGUAAAAUGCUUACAUAGGCCUACCUAUACGGCUGUACACACAUGUAUACCACUCACAUACAUUGUUGAUCCUAAACCAACUGUUGACAAUUCUAACCAACCUUUCUCUCAAAAUAAAGGCUUUCUACAUCAUUGGCCUCAA